CGAGCAGGCGGCGCGGCAUCCGACGUACGCUCUGUUGGCUCUGCUUUCUGUCGAGUGUUUUUAACGUAGAAGGAUAUCUGCAAACUGAUUGUUAAAGUGUUUACUUAUUAAGCGCUAUUUAUAGCGCAUACAUAAUGUAGCCGUAUGCUCACAGCAUGUGUGGCGAUCCCUUGGGGCCAUGUUUAUGUUUUUAAUUCGCUAUGUAAUAUAAAGUAAUGCAACUAAAUAUGCAGCAGAAACAUAGCAACGCGUGCUUCGUCAAUUGAUUCGUUUCUGCGCUGCUAUGGAACUACCUGGCAACGGUUCACCUGUUCUGCACGUUGUCGUCGUUGGUUUCCAUCACAUCAGGGGUUACCAGCUGGAAUACGCUUAUCCACCAUUGGCUGAUGAGCUCCCUGAAGCUUGGAAGCAUCUCCCGUCUCUUGCCUUGCCUGAUGGUGCACACAAUUAUGAAGAAGAUACAGUUUAUUUUCAUCUUCCUGGCUUGGACAACCCAAAAAACACAAUUUUUGGAAUUUCCUGUUAUCGACAAAUCAAUGCUGAGAAGCUGCUCCACCGUGGAUCCGACAUCACACGCAGUUCUGUGCAGAAGAGUGUUUGUGUCUUGAGUCGGCUCCCUCUCUUUGGCUUAAUCCAAGCCAAACUCCAGCUGGUCACUCAUGCAUACUUUGAAGAAAGAGACUUCAGUAAAGUGUCACUUCUGGAGGAAACUUUUUGUAGCCUCAAUUCCCUGCUCUCAUCAGAUAUGCUCGAGGGCGGACAGCCAUUUCUGGGUCUAUCAUCCCGAGACCUGAUUCUCCAUUUUAAACACAAGGCAGUGCUGCUCUUCAAGCUCUUGCUGCUUGAGCGAAAGGUGCUGUUUUACAAGACCCCAGUUAAAGAUCUCUGUUCAACUGUGCUUACUCUUUGUUCCCUUUUUCCAGGAUUGGUUGAGCAAGGCUUACUGGAAUCGGCCUCCACCCUCAGUGGCAAGAACAUGCAGGAAACGGAACCCAGGAAGCAGAGCUUGGAUGACGAGAACCCCUCUCAAGACCUGAGUCUACUCUCCAAGACGAUCAGGGCCCUGGACAGCGGAUCGGAGUCUGAGCAGUUGUUGAACAAGAUCUUGCCCACCAGUCUAGUGGGAGAUGUCUUUGAGGAUGAGGACAAACUAGUCAGUGAUAUUGAGGAACUCUUAGAUCCCAAGGAUAAGACUGAGAUGAGAUCCAAGUUGGAGUUUGUGGAUGACAGCAAGUCCUUGUGUAAAGAGUCCAUAUGGAGUAGAGUUCCAUCUGCCAUCUACAGCUUAGCGUCAAAGGAAACUGCAAUGAAGGAAGAGACAUCUCCACUGGAAGAUGGUGUGAUCACAUUUAACUUACCUGAAAGUCCUGCAGAAGAUCUUGUACUCCAGUCCAAAGUGUUGGCACUCAGAAAUGAAGAAUGUGGACUACCACUCAGCAUUUUCACAAAGGGUUCACUGUGCCUGCCGUACGUAUCAUUGCCCAUAAUUGAUGUUCUGAAUGACAUGAGUGUAAGGAGCUGCAUCGUGGGUGCCACUAAUGACCUCUUUAAACAGAAGAAGCACCUCUUUGAUGUCAUUGUGGAGAUCGAUGAGGGCAAGAUCAAUGUCUUUGAUAGCGAUUUGCGUCGGCAAAUCAACUUGACAAUGGAGGACCUCCGAUUUGCAGACUACCUUGUCAAGAAUGUGCUUGAUGAGAGCAAAGAUGUAUUCCUCGAAGGGACAGGUUGGCAAGGCGGAGACGAGUGGCUACGGGCCCAGUUCAAGAUAUAUCUAGUCAGCCUGUUAAGAACGGCACAGUUAGAAGAGGGCAGUAGAGAACAGGACUCAUUCAAUGCGUCUUUUAUUAGUACAUGGAAAACGACGCACAACUUUAAAAUGUGGAACAGUGUUGAGCACCCUUGUCUCGACGAAAUUCCAUCAGGGCACUUCUACAGAGGACAAUGGCCAACAGUGGCCGAUAUGAAGCUACGGAUAUCACAUUCCAUACAGAGUUCAGAAAGGGGUCGCAAGAUCAACCAGGCAGUUGUAUCCACAGGCCGUGCGGUUGCACAGACGACUGGAAAAGUUGUUGGCGGAGCUUUGACGUCUGCAAAGUCAGUGGUAUCAUCGUUGUGGUCCCACUUUAAUGUUUCAUCGCAAGAGUCUCUCCCCUCCAAGGAAGACAACUGUGAAUAGUUUGACUUUUGCUACUCUGCAGAAGCAUAAUUUAUUAUUUAUUCCUUUCAUUACCAUAAAUGAGAAUUGUGCCAGCCAAGCUACGAAAAUAAAAACCGACAGUCGUU